AAUCCUUCAACACCAACUACACUUUCAAGUUGGUAAUGGCUAAGCACACAAAUUAUAUAUACAUGCUCUUUUGCAUACCACCUUCAUGCUUCAGAGUUCAGACACAGCUCAUUAUUCAGAUAUCAUCAACAAUGGCUCGUCCACUUCUAUUGAUCCACCCUAUGCCUAGCACCUCACAUAUUGGCUUAGCUGUUAUGACCCUUGUGUUGUGUGCCGUUGCCUUGCUCAUGUGCGCUUCUCAUUCGCGCAAAUGGCGUCAGUGGAAAGCUUGUUAUGAUGCUUUUGUUGAAGAAGAGCCGGUGAUAGAGGUCCACAACGAAGCUGUGGCAGCGACAAGCAUGGGCGAGCAACAAGAAGGAGACGGUUCGCUGUGGCAGAGGAACAUACUUAUGGGUGGGAAGUGCCAGCUUCCUGAUUUCUCUGGUGUCAUAAUCUAUGACUCCAAUGGCAAUGUAGUAACCCCUCCUAAGACUUCUCGUUCAUUACUAACUUGGAAAUAGAGUUUGAAGUUUUCUGAGAUUCAUAAACCCCACAAGCUUAACUUGUACUCCAUCUGCAUGAAACUAUAUUUCUUGAUAGCUUCAUAUUCAAAUAUUGUUGCAUUCAAACUUAAAAAACAAAAUUAAAGUCAUGCAUUGUCAAUCUUGUUAAGAGUGUCUCUAUCUUGUUAGCAUGUGAUACUACUGUCAUCUUUAAUAGAUGUAGAUAUCCUUUGAAUUUUACAACAAGAGUAAUAGAGUAUGCUAUGGAUCUUUA